ACUAUUUCGCAUCCGUUCCGAUGACAUUGACAGACAAUCGAUUAAUCGGAAAUCGGAUUCCUUCCUUGCUUGAUCAAUCGAUUGUAUUGUUGUUGUUUUUGUUUGUGUCACUCACUUCUCACUUAUUUCAAAUCAAAAUGAGAAAAGUUUGCUAUAAUUAGCGAUAUUUCUUACCAAUAAUCGUCAAUAAAUAACAAGUAUGACACCUGAUAUGGAUAAAAGUUAUUGUUUUAAAAAAGAGAACAAGUUCCUCGUCAAAAGUGGAUGUAAGAAAAGGAUGUGGCGAUCACUGAAACAAAUACUCACGGCUGAAAGAGCGUUGCCCUGGCAUAACGAGGCUGUUUUGUAUUAUACAAUAAACGCUCCGCCGACUUUUAAACCUACUAAAAAGUAUUCAGAUAUAUCUGGGCUACCAGCGCCGUACAUGGACCGGCACUCGAAGCUGUUCUACAGUAAUGCAGACGAGUUUGCAACUGUUCGCAGCCUGCCCAUGGACAUAACUGCAGGAUAUUUGCAACUAAGAGGAGCUAAUAUUAUUGUGGGAUAGUUCAUAGGUUAGGCAGACUUUAAAUAAAUUGAUUAUUUUUAAAUUUACAAUGAUUUUUAAUAGUGUACAGUUU